GUGGAAUAACCUGAAAUGUCCCGCACUUCCCUCUCUCUGUUUUCAAAAAAUUCACAACAUUCCUCUUGCUACGCCGCCGGCGCCAAACCUUCGAGACUCAACAAGAAAGCAUACGUAUUUCUUCUCGAGCGCUGCAGAUCGAUCAAUUCCCUCAAGCAAAUCCACUCCCAAGUCCUUGUCUCCGGCCUCGAUCAAAGUAGAGACAUCGUGAAUGAUCUUCUUGUCUUCCUCACCGAGCCCUCUUCAGGCGACCUUCACUAUGCCUUCAAGCUGUUUGAUUCUUUGCGCAAUCCAUACCUCUUUGUUUUCAACCUUAUGAUCAAGGCCCUCUCCAAGAAAGGCAACCAUAAAAAUUCUAUCUUUCUUUUUAGUCGAAUGAGGGAGGAGAGUUUGUCGCCUGAUAAUUUUACUUACCCCUUUGUUUUCAAGGCCUUUGGUUGUCUCCGUUUGGAUUCUGAUGGAAGGAAGACUCAUGGGCUUGUUUCAAAGAGUGGAUUUGAGUUUGAUCCUUUUGUUAGAAAUUCGAUGAUAGAUAUGUAUGCAGAACUGGGUAAUAUAAAAACUUCACGGCUACUGUUUGAUGAAAUGCCUCAGAGAGAUGUUGUUACAUGGAAUGUGCUGAUUGCUUCAUAUGUCAAGUGUAGAGAGUUUGAAAUGGCGAUUUCUGUUUUUAAGGAGAUGGAAAAGGUUGGCGUAAAGGCUGAUGAGGCGACUUUGGUUAGCUCAAUCUCAGCUUGUAUAGCUUUGAGAAAUUUGGAACAGGGAAUGAAGAUUCACAGUUACAUGAAAAAGGAGUAUCAAUUCAGUCUUCCUCUUGGUAAUGCAAUUUUAGAUAUGUAUGCAAAAUGCAGUAAUGUGGAUGCUGCAUUUGAUUUCUUCGAAAGCAUGCCCAUCAGAAAUGUGAUCACUUGGACUACCAUGGUUUCUGGUUAUGUGAAUGUUGGUCAGUUGGAUGAGGCUAAGAGGCUAUUUGACCGCAGUCCAAUAAAAGAUGUAGUUCUUUGGACUGCCAUGAUCAAUGGUUAUGUGCAGCAUAAUGAAUUUGAUGAAGCACUUGCUAUGUUCAGAGAAAUGCAGAUGAAAAAAAUUAAGCCUGAUAAGUUCACUAUAGUGGCUCUACUCACAUUAUGUGCUAAUGUGGGAGCUCUUGAUCAAGGGAAGUGGAUUCAUAGAUACAUUGCAGACAACAACAUGAGAAUUGACAAUGUUGUAAGCACAGCGCUAAUUGACAUGUAUGCCAAGUGUGGUUCUGUUGAGAAGUCUUUGGAAAUAUUUAGGGAAGCGAAAGAAAAGGAUAGAGUUACAUGGACAUCAAUGAUUUGUGGCCUCGCCUUAAAUGGGCAAACACAUGAAGCAAUUGAGCUCUUCUAUGAGAUGAAAGCAUUAGAAUUCAAACCAGAUGACAUCACUUUCAUUGGUGUUUUAAGUGCUUGUUGUCACGGAGGACUGGUAGAAGAAGGCCGUAGGCAUUUCUAUGAGAUGAAGGUGGUGCAUCGAAUUGAACCUAAAAUUGAACAUUAUGGUUGUUUGGUUGAUCUUCUUGGACGGGCUGGUCAUUUGGAUGAAGCUGAGCAGUUGAUAGAGAGCAUUUCAUAUGAGAACAAUGCAGAUGCAUUGCCUCUAUUGGGAGCUUUUCUUGGUGCUUGCAGAAUUCAUGGAAACAUAGAGAUUGGAAAAAGGCUAGCCAUGCAAUUUGUCAAGUAUGAGACAGUGAACUCUGGUCUUCACACACUUAUAGCUAAUAUCUAUGCAGCAGCUGAUAUGUGGGAGGAUGCGACCCAAGUGAGGAAGAAGAUUAAAAAUUUUGGUGCCAAGAAGAUACCAGGUUGCAGCUCCAUAGAAGUGAAUGGCCUUAUCAGUGAGUUCGUUGUUGAUGAUACUGAACAUAUUGCGACUGCUGAUAUAUUUGCAGUUUUAAAUGGUUUGAGCCGACUCAUGGAAAUGGAAGAGAUGGUUGGUUGUGUAAGUAGCAGAGUGGUGGAAACAAAUACAUGAUAUAGAGCACAUAUCAAAUCAUGAAAAUCCGACCAUUGCACGGGUUUUUAAAAGUGGGACUGGGGCAUGAAUCCUUAGAUCAGCAUUUGCAUUCUCCAGCUCAAAGUCUGAGACAUCUGGAUCAGAUAUAAAUUCAUGGUAUCAGAAGCUUAUAUUAACUUUGUCAUAUUCAUUUAAUGAUCGGCUAGUACAAAGCAAAUGAAGGAGGAAGCAGGUGUGGCAUUUAUGUUAUUGCUCAUCUUUUUUCCAGUUCGCAUUUACUGAACAGUAGGUCAACUUCUUUCGGUUCAACAACUUGACCUCGCCGAAGAGUCAUAUAUCCAAAGAAUGGCCUACAAAUCCGGAUAUACAAUUCAUGCAAUCGGCCUUUUUUGUAACUGAUUGUGUAGCACGCCAAAACCAAACCCAAACUUACAAAUGGUUGUGCCAUUUUUUGUAGCAAUAAUGAGGAAGCAGGACCUAAACCUAUGAGGUGCUUUUUGUGGUACUCAAAAGGAAGAAUGAUAACAUCUCGAUAAUCACUGCAAUCAAAAUGAAAAUCUCAGAGGACAAGUCCAUAGUGGCGACACCAAAUGGCCAUCGGGCUGUACAGGCCACUCCUACAAAUGAUCGUUGGUCAAAUAUUCCUCUUCAGUGUGUUCCACGUCAUCAACAUGUCAUUUUCGUGCAUCAUCGUGUCAAUUAUGUGUCAUAAGUGUGUUGCUGCUGUAUAUCUCUAUUACGUCACCAUCAUGUUUCUUUCAUGCUAUCUUCCAUA